CUAUUUACUUCCGUGAUCUCGAUUUUCGGCCACAUCCAUUGCCAUCAUCACUUCCCCUGAACCUGCUCUGCCUCCCGCAUCAUUGUUCUGACAACACAAGAAUAGCAGCAUGCCUGGACCGCUUAUAUAAAGCAUCCAGACGAAUUUACUCAUUCACUCGUACGCAGCUCCUCUGCUACUCAGACAGAUACAUUAGAUCCACUAUGUCCUCCGAACAAAAUAAUGACCACUUGGAAGUGCUGUACACUACCAUCAGUCUUAUUUGCCAGACUUUGUUCUACGGCGUAUACGCCGCACUGAUCCCGUUGUCGACACAUUUCCUCCUUAAAAGGAAAACCAUGUCACGAGCAAACAAAUUCAUGUUUGCUUUAACGAUCUUCAUGUUUUUGUUAUCCACUGCAUUCUGGGCUUCAUCAGUAGCGAAUCUCAUUACGACCGUUAACGUUUUCUACGCCUCUUCUCCUGAUCAUACCCCUGCUGCGUUCUUAUUGUACCCUUUAUUUAAUGCUCUCAUUCUAGUAAAUUACAUUGUGACGGAUAGCGUUGUUGUUUGGCGUGCUUGGGUAUUGUGCAAGAACAGUAGCAAGGGUAUUUUUGUGGUCCCCUUCCUAUUAUUGGCAUGUACAUCAGUGUCUAUCCUAGUUACUAUUGGAAUCAGAGUAACCAUGUCCAUUAACCAG